UUAUUUUUAUUUUUAUUUUUUCUUUUUAUUUUUAUAAUCUUUUUGCUCUUGUGUUAGAAAAAUGUAAUGGACAGAAAAAAAUGGCAGGAUUUUUCUUGCAUAAAAUAUUUUUUGGAAUGAUUUAAAAUAGACAUUUCUGAAAAAUUCUGCUAAGCUUUCUAUACGGAUGUGAAUAUACUAUAUUUGUAUAUAUACAUAUACAUACAUUUUUUUAUAUUCAUUGAUAAAGUUAUUUCCAUGUCGUAAUAACUUUGAGAUAAACAUAAUGAAAAUGGAAGGAGAUAUUCUAAAAGUUAAUUUGGAAAAUGGGAUUCAAAAGAUCAUACUUAAUAGACCUAAAAAAAGAAAUGCUUUAUCAAUAAAGAUGUACCAGGAAAUAGAAAAUAUUUUAAAUGAUUCUUCAAAAAACGAUAGCAUAAAUAUGGUUGUCUUAACUGGAACAGGAGAUUUUUUUACUAGUGGAAAUGAUAUUAGUAUGUUAUAUUCAAUUGAGAAUUUCACAAGUUUUAAAAACUUUAUCGAUGCACUAAUUACCUUUCCUAAACUAUUGAUAGCUAUUGUAAAUGGCCCGGCAAUUGGCAUUGGAACCACUAUGCUUGGACUUUUUGAUAUAGUAUAUGCUUCAGAAAAAGCAUAUUUCCACACACCUUUUACUAAAUUAGGUCUUGUAGCUGAAGGUUGUUCUUCAUAUACAUUCCCAAAAAUAAUGGGCCCAAGUAAGGCUGGUGAUAUGUUAUAUUUUGGAUAUAAAAUAGAUGCUAAAGAAGCCAAAGAAUAUCAUUUAGUUGGAACAAUAUAUAAAGAUGAAGAAGAAGUAUGGAUAUAUCUAAGAAAACUGAGUCAACUUUCUAUAAAGUCUAUAAUGGCCAUCAAAUGUUUAAUACAAAAAUGGAAUAAACAAAUUUUAUUGGAAGUAAAUAAGGCAGAGGUGGAAGAACUUAUGAAAGUAUGUGAAUCAGAGGAAGUUAUUAAUAGAUUAUUAAAUUUUAUAUCGCAUAAGAAUAAAUUAUAA